UAAAAAUGUCCAAACAAUUUGAUGAUGAACGUGGCCAGCGAUCUGAAGCUUCAUUUCAAACAAAUAAAAUGAUGAUGAUGAACAAAACAAAUUCAACUUUAAAUGAUUCGACAUACGAAUCAUCGUCAUCCAUUAGAGAAUCUUCUUCUCUUCAUCAUGAUGACGAUGGUAUGGAAAACGAAGAAGAAAAAGAAGAAGAUCAAGAAAUAUCAAUGUCAAACAAUAAUGAUGAUGAUGAUCGACAGAAUUUGACAUGGAAUGAAAAAAUGGUGAUACUAUUACAGAAUUUUAGCCAAGAGCAAUUUAGCCGUUAUGAAAUGUGUAGACGUUCAAAAUUUUCAAAAUCUAUUAUAAAAAAAUUAAUACGUUCAAUAACAAAUGUAACUAUCAAUGAUCGUACUGCAAUUGCAUUAGCAGGUAUUGCUAAAGUUUAUGUUGGACAAUUAAUUGAAACAGCAUUAGAUUAUCAACAAUCAAUCGGUGAACAAGGACCAUUAAUGCCAAAACAUAUACGUGAAUCAUAUCGACAGCUAAAUCGUCAAAAUCAAACUAUUUCUAAUUUUUGUAAUAAUAUUUGUAUUGUUGGUAAUCGAAAUAAA